UGCCGCCUUCAUUCCCUCUGACAUUGCUUGUGGUAGCUAUGUUUGGCCACAGAGGAAGUAAAAUGGGAGGGAAAUGUUUUGAUUAUUGUUAUUUUUUGGUAUUUAUUUUUAAUAUUUUCCCCUCUGGGAAAUGGCUGUACAAUUCAACCUCUUCAGUAGAUUUCCAUCCGAUGUGGAUUUCAUUUGUCAAGGUUAAUGCUGGAACAAUGCCUUUUGCAGCUGUUAAUCUUCACAGGUCAACACGUUGUAUACAGAUGGAGCUGGGAGAAAACAGCUUGUCUGAGGCACCCCAAUGAAGGGUGCAGAGCACCUGCUUUCGCGUGGAAGGAUCGGACCCUGCCGUCUCCGAGUAACGAUGGAGAAGAGAACCCUGGUGCCUCCCGUUUGCCACUAUUGACUGACAGGUGCUGGCUACAACUUGCUUCGCAAAGGCAACUGAGGAUGCAGUGACAGGGCCAGAAGGUUUCUUUUGUCACCACAAAAGCCCUAAACACCUGGAUUUAUACAGACAAGUGGAAUAUCAUGAACUGAAGAAGACACAAACUGUUUUUAUAAUUUUCUAUUUUUUGAUUUUAAGAAGUAUUUUUGGAUGACAGCACUUUGAAAAACAAGGUUUUUCACUUUAAGUUUUGGACAUUAAAACAUUUAAGCCACUCCUUAUUACUAAGAUCUUCAGAGAACAUGGGGAGAAAAAAGAUUCAGAUCCAGAGGAUUACAGACGAGAGGAACCGGCAGGUGACAUUCACCAAACGGAAGUUUGGGCUGAUGAAGAAAGCCUAUGAGCUGAGUGUCCUCUGCGACUGUGAGAUUGCGCUCAUCAUCUUCAAUCACUCGAACAAGCUGUUCCAGUACGCAAGCACAGACAUGGACAAAGUGCUGCUCAAGUACACGGAGUACAACGAACCUCACGAAAGCCGGACCAACGCAGACAUCAUUGAGACAUUAAGAAAGAAAGGUUUUAACGGUUGUGACAGUCCGGAACCUGACGGGGAGGACUCCAUCGACCAGAGCCCUCUGAUGGAGGACAAAUACCGCAAGGCCAGCGAGGACCUCGACAUCCUGUUCAAGCGCUACGGCGCGCUGAACAAGAAGCAUAGAGAGUGUGAGAGCCCCGACGGGGAUGACGUGUUUACGUUGACGCCUCAGACGGAAGAGAAAUAUAAAAAGAUUGAUGAGGAGUUUGAUAAAAUGAUGCAGACUUACAGGCUCGCAUCUGCUGUUCCAGCUCCAAAUUUUGCCAUGCCUGUUACGGUUCCAGUGACCAACCAGAACGCCUUGCAGUUCAGCAGCCCGGGAGGAUCGUUGGUGACGCAGUCCCUGGUGACCUCUUCGUUGACGGAUCCUCGGCUCCUGUCGCCACAGCAGCCAGCCCUCCAGCGGAGCGCCGUUUCCCCAGGCCUCCCCCAGAGACCAGCCAGUGCAGGGGCAAUGCUUGGAGGAGACCUCAGCAGUACAAACGGCGCCUGCCCAAGCCCUGUGGGGAAUGGUUAUGUCAGCGCCAGGGCCUCUCCGGGUCUCCUUCCUGUGUCCAACGGCAACAGCCUGGGAAAACUCCUGCCGGCAAAAUCUCCGCCGCCACCUCCCCACAGCGCCCAGCUGGCCCCCGGCAGCCGAAAGCCGGACCUGCGUGUCAUCACCUCACAGAGCAGCAAGGGCCUCGUGCACCACCUGGCAGAGGAACAUUUGGAUCUGCAGAACACGCAGAGGCUCGCCGUCUCCCAGGCCACCCACUCUCUGACCACGCCAGUCGUUUCCGUGACCACCCCGAGCCUCCUGACCCAGGGCCUGCCCUUCUCGGCCAUGCCCACGGCGUACAACACAGACUAUCAGCUGACCAGCGCAGACCUCUCCUCCCUCCCGGCGUUCAGCUCGCCCACUGGCUUGUCACUGGGCAGCCUCUCCUCCUGGCAGCAGCCACAGCAGCCGCCGCAGCCGCCGCAGCCGCAGCACCUGGUCCCCGUAUCACUCAGUAACCUGAUACAAAGCGGCCACCUGUCCCACGCCACCACCCUGACGGUCAAUACCAACCCCAACAUCAGCAUCAAGUCGGAGCCUGUUUCUCCCAGCCGGGAGCGCAGCACUGCCACGCCACUCUCCUCCUUCCCGCCACAAGGCCGCCACGAGGCCACGGGGUGCUCGCCUGUCGACAGCCUCAGCAGCAACGCCAGCUCCUACGAGGGCGCCGAGCGGGAGGAGCGCUCCCGGGCUGACUUCGGCUCCUCGCUCGGCCUCCUUCGGCCUGUGGCUGAGGUGGAGGGGGAGAGCCCGUCCGUCAAACGCAUGCGCUUGGACGCCUGGGUGACAUAGCUGCCUCCGCAGCCCGGCCCGGCCCCUCCUGCAGCGCGGCUGCGGGCUCUCCAGUGUGUGU